AUGUGUUCCUCUCAUGCAGGUUUAGGUUGCUGUUUUCGUCCUUGGUGCUCACUUGCUGCUGGGGAUCUUGUAACAUGUGUGAGGGCGAUGGGCCAUGGGACUCUUGAUAAUAUGAACUGGGCUGGACUUUUGCAGAAUAUGCUGGUUGUGCUCCAUCUCCGGCAGAUCAUGUGUGAUUCUUCUGUCUGGUUUUCCAUCCCAGAGGAACAGGAGCCUGGUGUUCUGGCUGGGUCACUCAGUAAACACUUUCCACCACCUUACCAGCUCCUGACCCAGGAGUAUCUGUGGAUGGACAAAAACACAGGGAAUUUCUACACGACUGACCAAAAGAUGGAUCGUGAGGCCCUCUGCCCCGAGGAGACAAAGGCUGAGGAAUGCAUUAUUUUACACAAUGCUGUAGUGGGGCCCUCAGGAGACCUUAUACAGUUCCCUGUGAUCAUAGAGGAUAUCAAUGACAAUGCACCUCAGUUUGAAAAUGGUGAAAUACACCUGAGGGUGCCUGAGGAUGUCAAUGUGGGGACCAGCUUCUUACUGGAUGAGCAAGCUAAGGACAGAGAUGUUGGAUAUAACAGUGAGCUACAUUACCACCUGGAAGAUUCUGAUGGAGUUUUUAGUUUAAAGUUUGAGGAAGACGGCUCUAUCAUCAUGCUGAUUGUGCAAUCAUCUCUGGAUAGGGAGACUAGGGACCUGUAUCGGAUGGUGCUUGUAGCCUCCGACUGCGGCUUGGACCCUUUAAGUGCUACAGCAACUUUAAUAGUCACAGUGACAGAUGUUAAUGACAACUGUCCUAGCUUUAGCCCCGACAGCCCCCGCAGUGUCUCCAUCCCCGGAGAUUCUUUGAAGAACACACUGAUUGCCCAGGUCAGAGCCACAGACCCAGAUUCAGGCGUGAAUGCUGCAAUCCUGUACUCCCUCAGUCCCAAAGUCUCAGAGCGGGCCAAGAAGCUCUUUAGCCUUGACAGCCUCACUGGGUACAUCCGACUAACACAGGACCUCCAAAGUGACAACCUGGAGGAGCUGCUGCUGAAAGUGCUAGCAAGCAGCCACCACUGCGCACCAGCAGACACUCAGGUAACCGUAUACGUGCUCCCCAAGGUGCACCAAGAGCUGACGAUCAAGAUCGGGUUCAUAGAGGAGCAUCAAAACCAGACUCUGGUGUUACAAGAGAACCAGCCCCCCACUGUCUUAGCUGUUUUAGAGCUGGAGGCUGACAGCAGCUUUAAAAGCUCAUCUCUUUCCAUUGAGGGUGAGGUGCCUUUCACUUUGAACCCACAGAAUGAUAAAUAUCUGCUUUCCACAUCAAAGCCCCUUGACUAUGAGAUGAAAAGAGAACAUUAUAUUACUGUGGUAGCGCAUGGGAGAUCAGCCGAAGGACCUGUGAUGGCUGCCUCCAGGCGUGUGAUCAGGGUGAUGGUGGCAGAUGUCAAUGAUAACGCUCCACAAUUCCUCCAGUCUCAGUAUCAGCUGGAGGUGGAGGAAAAUAACCAGCAAGGGAUGUCACUGCUACAGGUCUUGGCUUCAGAUGCAGACAGCGGACGCAAUGGGAGGGUGACCUACAGGCUGAACAAACACAUACCUACCAUCUUUAACAUUGACUCGGUGACCGGUCAACUGUCUGUGUCCGCCUCUCUGGACAGGGAGCAGCAGGGUGAACACACACUUACUGUAUUUGCACGAGAUAGCGGCUCUCCUCCCUUGGAGUCAGCAGCAACAAUAUCCAUUUGUGUUCUGGAUCAGAAUGACAAUGCACCUGUGUUUCUUACACCUCACUUCAUCUUUUUCAUCUAUGAGAAUGUUGCACCGUUUGCCCUGGUGGGAGAUGUGGGGGCGACUGAUCCAGAUGAAGGGGAAAAUGGGAACAUAGAGUUGCAUGUUGUUAACAGCAGUGGACCUUUUGUUGUGGAUAACACUCAGGGAAUGCUACGCACCACCACAAACUUGGACCGCGAGACACAGGACCGCUUUGAACUCUACCUGCUGGCCAGCGAUCAUGGCCAUCCGGUCACUAUGACGUCCACUGCCAGGGUGACAAUAUUUGUGGAAGACAUCAAUGACAACCGGCCAAAAGUGGUUCUUCCCAGCAGCAACUUCUCAUGCCUGACUAUUUCUCCAGCAACCAUCGCAGGCACCAUGGUUACAAAAAUCUACGCCAUCGAUGAGGACUCAGGGCUAAAUUCUGAGAUUACGUACACUGUUGUAGCACCAGAAACAGUGCAAAAGAACAGCCCAUUCCAGAUCGAUUCAAGGUCAGGGAACAUCAGUGUAAUGCAGCAACUUCAAUUGAAGGACCUGGGUAUGCAUCACCUGUUCAUUGUGGUCAGAGAUGGAGGAAAACCAGCUCCACUUUACACCACCGUGUGGGUUAAUUUACUGGUCAAUGAGAGCAUGGAGCCCUGCCACUUGGACAGAGCGCCCACCUGGACAGGGACACCUAAGUUUGGUCAAGCCCCCUCAAAGGCCCCCAUCUGUGAGGCAGAGGACCCCAGAUCAGGUCAGCUGGCUCUGUUAGUAGGCCUGUGUAUGAUGCUAACAUCCACAUGUUUGCUGGUGGUGUCGACUGUUUUAUACCUGAAACGGAGGAGAAGCAGUCUGAGACGGAAGAAGAGAGCACCCUCUGAGAAGAAUGAGAUUCCACUUAGACUCAAAAACAAAUAUUUCUCUGAAGACUAA